AUGGUGGACGUCUUCAACGUACAGAUCUUCUUCAUCGUAUUCAGAGAAUCCUUAGAAGCAGUCAUUGUCGUAUCAGUGCUUCUCGCCUUUUUGAAACAAGGGUUGGGUUCCUCAACCGAUGACCCAGUAGUUUACAAAAAGUUGCGAAAACAGAUUUGGCUAGGGGCGAUAACUGGGGUGAUCAUAUGUUUGAUCAUUGGUUGUGCAUUCAUUGGUGCCUUCUACGGGCUAGGUAACGACAUUUGGUCCAAAUCGGAAGAUUUAUGGGAGGGGAUAUUUUGUAUCAUUGCCACUGUGUUGAUUUCAUUGAUGGGGAUUCCAAUGUUGAGAAUCAACAAGAUGAAGGAAAAAUGGAGAGUCAAAUUGGCGCAAGCUUUGGUCAAGUCUCCAAAAGCUUCAAGUGGGGAAAAACCAACAUUGAUGGAAAGAUUGCGAUUGGCUAAUUUCUUUAAACGCUAUGCAUUGUUCAUUUUACCAUUCAUCACUUGUUUGAGAGAAGGGUUGGAGGCGGUUGUCUUUGUUGGUGGUGUGGGUUUAAAUAAACCAGCCACUAGUUUCCCCAUUCCUGUUAUUGUGGGAAUUAUCGCCGGUGUUGCCGUUGGUGUAUUGUUGUACUACUUUGGAUCAAAUUUGUCAAUGCAGAUCUUUUUGGUUUGUUCAACUGGAGUGUUGUAUUUGAUUGCUGCUGGAUUGUUUUCAAGAGGAAUUUGGUUCUUUGAGACCUACAAGUUCAAUCAAGCUACUGGUGGUGAUGCGUCUGAAAACGGGUCUGGUCCAGGUACUUACGACAUUGCUAAAUCAGUAUGGCAUGUCAAUUGUUGUAAUCCUGAGACUGAUAAUGGUUGGGAUGUGUUUAAUUCCUUAUUGGGAUGGCAAAACUCGGCCACUUAUGGUUCAGUUAUCGGUUACAAUGUGUAUUGGCUUGCUGUUAUUGUUGUAUUGAUGUUGAUGCUUUUCGAAGAGAAAUAUGGACAUUUACCAUUUUUGAAGGGUAUCACCUUACGUUCAUUGAACCCAAUGUAUCAUAUCAAGGGUAAAAAGAAACUAGAGUUGUCAAAGGAGGAGAAGGAGGAGUUGUUUGCUAAAAUCAAAUUACAAGACUUUGAAAACUCAAAAGCAAACAAUGGUGAUGUAGUUUAUGAGGAAGAAAAUGUCGCUGGAAGAAAUGUUUCAGAUGAUGUGGAGUCAGAGAAAUUGAUGCAUGCAGCAGAGAGAAAGUAA